GUGGGCCAUGGCCAGCGUGCAGCAGGGCGAGAAGCAGCUUUUCGAGAAGUUCUGGCGAGGAACCUUCAAAGCUGUGGCCACGCCGCGACCCGAGAGCAUCAUCGUGGCCAGCAUCACGGCCCGCAAGCCGCUGCCCAGUGGGACACUCAGCUGCCUGUCGUACCCUGCGGAGGACAGACGUCCCGAAAAGCUGAGUGGUCGUGCAGUCAAGGAGAGCUCCACCACCAAUGGCUGUACAAAAGGGAAGGAGAGACGAGACCAUGCUCACCGCAGGUCACGCAGCCCCUCGUGCUAUGGGGAGCGUGCGCCGCUGCCAGCCCGGGGGAAGAAGAAGAAGAAGAAAUCCGGCCGCAAGAAGCGAAGGAGGUCUCCCUCCUACAGCCCCUCGCCUGUGAAGAAGAAGAAGAAGAAAAGCUCCAAGAAGCGAAAAAGAAACAGGCUAUCUUCAAAGAAAAGAAGACACAGUUCUUCAAGCCCCAAAAGUAAGAGAAAGGAAGAAAGAAAACACAAAAAACACUCUCGUGGGCGCACCCGGAAAUCUCAUCGCCAUCGCCACCGCCACUGCCACUCUCGCUCAGAGAGCUCUGACUCCCAUUCCCCCAGCUGCCGAAGCAGGCACAGAGCCAGGUCUCGGGAGGAAGGGCGUAAAACACGGCGAAGACACUCCCGGCACCAUUCAAGGAUCACGGCAAAGCGAAGCUCCUCUGCAGAGGUUCAGGCCAGCCAAAAAGCCAGCCAAACCUUCCCGCUCUACAGCUUCCUGUCUCCUAAGGAAGUAAUCUCUCAGUCAGGGUCUUCUGCUGACCUCUUUACCAAAACAGACAGCCCGCCUGGCAACCUAGCCAGCCAGAAUGGAGAGUAUCAUGAAUAUGACUCAGGAAACGAUACUUCCUCCCCUCCCUCCACUCAAACGAGCUCAUCCAGGUCAAAGGACAGCCAGGAGAAAAGAAGUCUAGUCCAUGAUGGCUUUGGCCAUGCCUUCUCGUCCGGGAAGCCCAAACUGGCCAACAGCGAUAACAGCUCUGAUUCAGGAAAUUCCUUCACCAGUUGCUUUUCCCAGACCAAGGGAACAGCUUUGGAAAAUCUGUCUCCAGAUGCCCAGGGACAAGACCGAAGAGGGUGCCUGUCCUUGUGUCUCAGCUGUUCGGAGGAGAAGCAAAACUUCCUCCCGUCCCCAACCCACAGCUCCCCGCUGAGGCCAUGCUCCCGUAGUGAGUCGUACACCAGCACUGGCAGAUCAUCCCCUGGCUCCAGUCGCUCCAGCCGCUCCCGCUCCUCACACCACAAUGCCUCUCCCAGGUACUCCCGAAGCAGGUCCUGCUCUUCAGAAAAGAGGUCUUCUUCACGUUCCCCCAGCUAUUCCUCCAAAUCCUGCAAAAAAAGUCCUGGGAGCAGGAGUUCAAGGCCUCGUCGGAGCCCCAGUUACUCCCGCUACAGCCCUAGCAGAGACCGUGAGCGAGAGCACAAGUAUGGCUCCAGCGAGAAGGAGUCGCACAGGGAGCGUGACCGGCAGCGGCGGCGGCGGUCCUAUUCACCCCUGAGGAAACGCAGGAGAGACUCUCCCAGCCACCUCGAAGCGCGACGCAUCACGAGUGCCCGCAAACGCCCCAUCCCCUACUACCGUCCCAGUCCCUCCUCCUCCAGCAGCGCCAGCAGCUAUUCCUCCUGGUACAGCAGCUUUAGCCGCUCCCCAAGCCGGAGCCGGAGCUACUCCAGCUACCGGACGAGCCGGAGCCGAAGCUGGAGCAGCAGCAGUGCCGAGGGCAGGAGCCGCAGCCAGAGUUCAGGCCCCAGGAGCAGCCGCAGCAGGAGCUAUGACUCAGGAGGCAGCUCCGACAGCCUGCGUCGUUAGGGAGUGCCACCGACGGUUCACGUGCUGGCGUCACCUCCAGAUUCCUGGCAUUCUCCGCUUCCUUCCCACCUACCUGGCCAUCGAUAGCAAUCAUCCCUGAUACUGAUGUGGUGGCAGAGCCAGGUCCCCAUUCCCCGGUUCGGAGUAAGAGCCUUCGUGCACCCGGUGCAGACCCUUUGCCACCUUGCGGAGUGGGUGGAUCAGUCCCAGCUCCCCUGGCCAGGGCUGGAAGAAGGGUCAGUGCUUUACAGAGGGUCUGUCGCGACAGAUCUGCUCCAUCCUCCCCGGCGUCCCCCCAUCUCCCCAUCUCUGCUGCUCUCCAAAGCAUUACCAGCUGGUCCAAAGGAAAGUAUUCAGCUCCUUGCUCUUCUGCCAAACCAGGAACCAGCAAAUUAAUUUCUGUUGGAGGGAGAGACCCAGUUAGGGAGGAAUUUGCUGGGAAGCUUUGGUGAUGAGUAGGGGUGACCUGUCCCCAUAAAGGCAAAUAUCAGGUCCCUUGGGUCUCUCCUCCAGAGUUUCUGCCCACUCUGCAGCAGGUCUUUUCCAUGAGACAAUAUUUAUUUAUUGCCGGUCAGCCAGUCCCUGCUACAAAUAGAAGGCUAGAAAUCCCUCCUGACGUAAUUCCUGGGGAAAAAAAGGCCAUUCCCUCUCUUUCUCCCUCCCUUUCCUACCAGGUAUGCAUCAUCUUUCACAGGGUUGUUUUAUCCCCCUCCAGCACUGUGACUUGCUUGCAAACAAACUGCUGAGGUCUGAAGCAGACGUGGGGCCGGUGGGGUACAAGGGAGAAGGGAGCUGCUGUCACACUGUGCUCCGAGGGCCAGGCCACAGUGUGGGAGAUAGGGGUCAUGGGGUUCCCUUCUCAGAGGAACCUUCUUGCAGUUUGGGUUUAAGUUUUUCUAAAGGGAGCCUUGCCCUUGGAGUGCAAUUCUGGUGGGCCCGUUAAGGAGAUAUGGAGAUAGCCUAGCUGUGGGGUGUAGUGAGAGCACACAGGGUUAAAAGGGCAUCGCAUGAGCCAGGGGACCCCAAUUCCUCUUCCUUAUAACAGGCAGCAAUUCUAAGCAAUGCCGGGAGGAUUUCAGGAAAUCAUUUCUCCUUGAGACCCUCAGGCUCCCCUGAGGCAGGAUUAGCAGCCACAGCAGCCCUGUCGCAGGGCCUGUGCAGGGUUGCAGCGGGAUGCACUCACACCCCAGUUUGUUGCUGGGAGGACAGAGCAGUGCAGGGGGACAGAAAGGGCCCCCCGCUAAUUGCCUGUUUUUCCAAGGAGCCGCGGGCAGUGGCAGGAGGGCCCUGCCUGCCUGGGUGGCCCUGGGCCCUGGGGUUUUGUCUCCCUGCCAGGCCUGCCAGCCCAGCUGCCUGCGCAAUUACUGUGUUUUGCAGGGUAACAAAAGCUUCUCCCAAUGCAGGCUGAGCUGGUGCUGAGGAGUUUCUUUCUCUUACAACACCUGGGUGCUUAGAGACGCUAAUUUGGGCUUAAGACUUCCCUCCCUCCCUUUUUCCAUCCCCUCCCCUUCCAUCCUGCAUGAUUAUUAACGAGUUUGGGCUUAAUGAGUCAAGGAGGUGUGUCAUUUAAGUGUCACAGAAAAGGGCUAAGUGGAGCCAGCAUCUGCUGGAGGAGGAGAGGGGGUAGAAAGAAAUGCAACUCCCCCCCCCCCCCCCAGCUAAAGAGUUACCUACAGCCCCCCAGUCCCGCUGGCAGAAGGUAAAGGGGCAAAGUCGCAGGUGGAGGAAGGCCAAGUGCCGUGUGGUGUUCUGGUGGAGCUGGCUGACUGCCUUAGCAAGCAUAUAAACCUAUUAUCUGUUGGAAAUUAGAGCAGCGUGGGGUGUCCCUUUUUCCCAGUAUCCUUGCUACUGCUGGUCCCCCUUGUCCUAUGCCUUCAACCCCCAAAGCCCCCCCUUUGCCCAGUCCCUCAUCCCCCGCCUUGUUCCCUGCAGGUAAUUUGAGGAUGAGGGUGGCGGAGGCAGAGAGCUGGGCACUCGUAUGGUCAGUGGCUUGGUGGGGACAUGUGUCCAUCUCCUGGGAGGCCACUUUCUAGGACAUAGAGAAAAGCAUUCCUGGUAGGGCUGAGCUAAAUGCUCUAGGGCUGUGGUUGAGGGAUCAAAGACGGGAUGUUCUUGCAGUGGGGUGACACUGCCUACCCUCCUGCGCUAGCCCUGACAGCAGCCCCUCGGCCGUCUUCUGCAGUGAACUCCCUUCUCCUAAAGGGCUGAAAACCUCAUGCUUCUUCCCCAAAGAGUCUCUCCCAGUUUGACGCUGAAACACCCCGUCCUUCUGCUCCCCGGGAAGAUCCAAAGGCAGUGAUGGGAGCCCAAACCCCAGAUCUACCAGUGUUUCAAGAGUACCCUCAUGCCCCUUAACACCCCCUAACACGCACGUGCAUCUGUAACAAGGAAGCAGCGAGCCAGGAGGUCAAAAACUAGGGAAGAAAAGUAGAGGGGCUUUGUGCAACUGGUGUAAAUAUCAAACACAACGCUGACUUGAGUUCCUCGUGGCUGGGGACGCAUGAUCGAAGCACCACAUCAGGGUCAGCAGCACCCACCGACUGUGGGACAGGAGAUGACUCCGAGGGUUGCACGGGGCUGACAGCAGCUCCCGUACCCAUCCGGCUGAUCCGUGCUUCAAGGACUGCCUCCGCUUGUACAGUCCAUGGCAGCUAAACGCUCCUGGGGUUUCCCAAGCAGACUUACGUUGGAGUAAACCUCUUAAAUUAUUUAUUUAUUUAUUUAUUAUUAUUAUAUUUUUUAUUGUAUGUCAGAAUGGAUGCAGGUGGUCACCAUUACCAGUAUUUAUUUAUUCUUUUUUUUUUUUUAACAGUAAGUUAUUUUUGGAUCUAUGUGUUUGUUUGAAUGUAUCCAUGCCACUGUUCUCAUGUAAAGAUUUACAGCGCUGACCCCCUCUCGUUGAGGUGGCUGGAGGAGUGACGGUCACUCCUGCUGCCAAUGCGUCCCUUCGUCUGCACUCUCCGGAGCAGGGUGGAGAGCGUGUGACGGACAGAGGGAUGCAGGGCAGAGCUGUUUAUCUGUUUUCAUGUUAAAAGCUAGGGUUUCCUCAUUAGAUUUGUGCAGGAACGCAACGGAUGUGACCACAGGAACAGGUCUAGGACCUCAUGGAGGUGACGGCAAGGGUCUGCUCGCUGGCCGGCUGAGUGACGGGCUGUUUGCAGUGCUGCAAGGGGAAGUUUCGCCCCGGUCCGUGCUCACGCGGGCUGGGUGCCAGCUGGCCGCCACCGCUGUUUCCUUUGGCUCUGCAGCCAGCGCACAACCCGAAACCGAGCUGCUCUGCACAGGCACCGCUGGUUUUCCUGGGAGGAUGCCGUCGCUAGGACUCCCCUGCCGUGUUUAUCGCUGCACAAUGACCCACCCAUGGAAAAACUAAAGAAAUGAGACCGUGAGAGAGUGAUCCAUGCUGAAGAUGCUUGCAAAAUCCAGCCUCUGGUGACAGGACCUAACCAAUUCAGUGUGUGUAUAUGUACGUAUAUGUGCGUGUAUAUGUGCAUAUACAUAGGAGUUUCCCUCAGUGGUGGUAUUUAUUUUUUAACUUAUUUAAGAUUUUUAGUACAACCUGGAACAUCAUCCUCCCUGUCAGUGGACGACUGGGUUUUCUGUCGGUUUGCAUAAAGCUCGUGAGCUUUUCUGUCUCUGUGCCUUUUGCCAGCACUUUUUUUUUUUUUUUAAUGUUGUUUUGCUCACUCAUUGUUUUUACGGAUUUUUGCUCUGCGUCCAGCAUCUCAGAUUGCUGCUGGCACUCUCUGCAAAGAGCAGUGUUCACCUGGUGGAAAGGCAACUCGGUCAUUUUGGUGUUGGUGAAUCACUGCUUGCCUGCGGUCAGCCGCACGAGGGAUGCCCAGGGCCGGCUGCAGCCUCAAGGCUUCAGGAAAAUAUCUCGGCCAUUUUUUGGAGGCCCUAUCUCAGAGGGGUUUGCUUUCCUCAAGCACAGAGGCUCUUUCUCACCCACGAUUUUGUUUCCAUUCUGCAAAUGCCCCAGUUGCACUUCCCCGGCAGAGCAUGCGUCGCAGCACCCGCUCCCAAAUGUCCCCCUGACCCCAGAGUCAUGCUGUUGGCUCUCCCCGCUCCCUGGACCUGCCUUGGCUCUGGGUUUGUCACACUGAGUGAGGCUCGUCCCACCUCUCCCAACCCCAGGGCUGGAGCCAGGCUCCAGAAAACCCAAGACAAUCUCUGCAGGUUUGCUGGAAAGCAAAGAUAAGGGAUAUUUCAAAACACUGUUGUGUUCGUUCUUUUCUUCAUGGGUUACAGCACUCAGUUGAGCUUUGCUUUAUGUUGACUGCAACUUUUCUCAAUGUUUUUGUUGUUUGGGGGGACUGAAUUUGUACCAAACUUGUCUGCAACAGCCAAUCACUGUUAUUUUGCUAUGCAUUGUACAUAUAUUGAACAGGCUGAGAGGACUUAGCCUCUAUUUAAUAUUUAUUUCUUCUAUUUAUUGAGCAUAAAUUUAUAAAAAGCUAUUUGGGUCUUGCCAUUGGGUCCAUGAAGGUAGGAGCCUUUGAGGUGUUGCCAUAUACACUGGAGAGAGGUUAUCAGAGAGGUGAAUUACUGAGGCGGUCACCUGCUGGCAUGGAGGCAUCUGGCAGACAAAUUGGGCUCGUUUGUAGCUCAACUACCAGUGAUUUAGGGAGGAACCUUGUUUAGAUAGAGAUGAGCCAGGCAGAGGGAAAAUACUCCAUCUUCUUGGGCCAGCUUCUUUUGAGAAAUCGCAACCCCCUGGAAAGGUGCUGGGCGUUCAGAGGUGACAGGCCAGCUGUGGCGGAGGAAUAACCCUGCUCUUCCUCCUCCGUGCCACGUAGGGCUGCUUGGAUCGCCAAAGAUCCCUGGAGAUCUCUGAUCUCCCACCACUGACCCCCUCUUGGCUCUCCAGGUUAUUGGGGGAAGGGGGUCUUGUCGCCCUUUCAUCGAUGUGAGGAAGGGGAUAGGGUUGAAGUGACUUGCCAUGGUAUCUACCAGGAAGCAAGGAUGUCCACCCAGCCCCAUCCUGAGACACUUGUCCUCACGCCAUGUCCUACUUUUCCCCCUUCCUCGAGCUUUGUGCCAGAACCAGUAGCUUUGCCCGGACGUGAGCUCGGGAAAGGUGGCCAGGACGGGAGUGGGGAGGUCUCUCCUGUCGUCUCCAACACAAGCCGGAGCUUGCUGCAAGCAUCCCUCCCCUAGCUUUGAAAAAAGCAUGGGAUGUGCUAAAAAUCACAGCCUGCCCCAGUGUCACUCCACCAACACUGCAGCCGUUGUCCUCUUCACCCGAGUGGGAGGCGUUCGUGCUCCGUGGGCAGAGCUGCCUGGGCUGGCCGAGGGUGGACGUGGCUCCGUUGUCGCCAGGCGAGUGCCCAGCGCUGGGUUAUUCCCAUGGAGCUGGCCAGGAGCUGCAGGGCACUCAGCCUUGGGCUAUCAGGAUAUUUGAGAACGAGGCAGAUUCAGGUGCCUAAGUGAAGACUUUGCCCUUUAGUGUCCUGUGGGGUUUUAUUACCUCUGUACUAGAGAAUAAAUAAUUCUCAUGACUUUUGCUGCUACCUGGAAGUUUGCACAUGACCGGGAGCGUCUCCGAAGCACUGGUACAUCCGCUCUUGUGGCAACAGCUUCAUGGUCAAGCAUCCCGACUUUUGGGCUAUUGCCUAGAGAACAACACCCUGAACCUCACCGGCCCCGGGGCAGCUCUCUGCCUUCAAAACCCAGGGAAUGAGAAGAUUUAGAACAAAAGCCAAGACGUAAGAAAAGCCGCGAGGGAAACGGUGUCUCUGUUUUCUCGCCUGUUGUUCGAUUCCUUACCAAAUGACACUGGUGCAUCUGUUCAUUUGACUUCCUUGUAAAACUCUCUUUGCUCUCCAUCGAAAUGCAUACUGUAUUCUUUAGUCUUCCUGGGGUAUUUGAGUUGUUAGCCUGGUUAGAAAAAGGGUUCCAAUAAAGGUUCAGACAGUA